GUUGAUAACAUAUUAGUCAUAAACCAAGAAUUUUUAGCAGAUUCUCCUGAUUCAAUAACAUUAUCAAGAGGAGAUUUAGUGGAAGUUCUGAAAAUAAGUGAAGGCAAUCCCUUUCCAAAAGGAAAAUUACGUGAUUUAAAUCCUGAGCUCAAUUCGAGAUGGUACGUGAGAUUAUUCGGAUCAAAUGAGAAUUGCAAAGAAGGAUGGAUUCCAACCAAGAUAUUGGAUUUUUCACCCGAUUCUGUAUCCGUAUUUGGCAAUAAAGGAGAUGAUCCCGCAUUUCGAAGAAUAGCAACCGUAAGAGAACUCAUUGAGACAGAGGAAGAAUUUGGCAGAGAUUUACAAAACAUAGUUGACCGUUACAUCAAACCUACCGACAAAUCUGCAGCCCCGCGCAUUGUUCGAGACAGUAAAGACAUUAUCUUCACAAAUUUUCAACAAAUUGCCGAAUUUCACAACUUAGUAUUAAUAGAAGGACUUAAAUAUUACUCGGAGCAACCCAACAUGAUAGCUAAAACGUUUCUAAGACUUGAAAGGGAUUUCGACAAGCAUGUUAAAUACUGUGAAACAGAACCUCUCGCUCAAGCAUUUCUCACAGAAAACAAAGAAGCCAAUGAAUAUUUUCAGCAAAUAUCUAGUUUAACUGGAGACGACAAAACUUUGAGCGAACACUUAAAAUUGCCAAUUCAACGAAUAAAUGAUUACCAGUUUUUAUUAAAGGAAUUAAUAAAAUACUCACAAAAUGUGUCUGACAAUACUAAAGACUUACAAAAGGCUUUGGAGUUAAUGCUUAGCGUUCCCAAUAGAGCAUUUCAUAAUAAAUUUUUAUCUAGUAUAGAAGGAUAUAGAGGAAAUAUAUAUAAAAUUGGACGUUUACUAAACCACGACUGGUGGACUGUUAAAGAAUCUGCUCAAAAGUUACACGAACGGUAUUUAUUUCUAUUUAAAUCAAGGAUUUUAAUAACUAAAGUAAGAAAAAUAAAUGAGGAACGAUCAAUUUUUCUUUUGCAAAACAUUAUAAAGCUACCUGAUUGCAAUAUUGAAAAUAAUUCCGUAGAAAAUCUGUUGCACAUAACAGAAAAGCAAGGGAAAAGUCAAAUAUUUUUACCGCUUGAAUUAAAACCACACAGAAAAGAAAUUCGAGACAAAUGGUUUCAAGAAAUAGUUUCGCACAGGGAUGAUGACUCGACAUUGCAGGAACAUUUGGCAGACGAUUUACGUGUGGAUACAAGUCAAGUACUUCAGGAAAAUGAAUUGCUUUUUCACUUGCCACAGAAAGCUGUAGCCCAUAAUCCCUACUCUGGAAUAAAAGCCUCAGACGUAGCUCAAGAUUACUAUUUAAGUGAGGAGGAGAAGGCAAAAUACUACGAAGAAAAUAAAUUAGCACUUAAGAUCAAAGGUGAACUACUUGAAGAAAGAAAAACAUUGGAAGAAAACAUCCAAUCGAUUUGUAACUCUGAAAACGUUUUAGUUGAAAAGAAAGUAGCCUGCCCAGAUAUAACUGAAGAAAAGGAUUCAGCUUCGGCCACUGAGAGGAAGGAUUAUUUAAAUAUUUCGCAUGAUCAAACGACAAUUGUGGAAAGCGAAAACCUAAAUCAAAAGAAUACAGAUGAAUCUACAAAAGAAUUCAAUUCUAUUAAAAAAAGUGUUGACUUGGCCAAAAUUACUACCUACUCAACUGAAAACAAUUUAAGUUCUGACAAAAAACAAGAUUCCGUUGGUAAGGACAGCGAAAUAGUAAAUACCUCAUCCACUGACUGUUCAUUUAAACCAUUUCCAUUGAUAAAAAUUAGUGAGACACCAAAAAUUGUAGAUACAAAUAGAACAAUUACUCUCAAUGAUAUUCCUUUUUAUAAAGAAUCGUCCAAAUUAACAUAUAAUGUAACGGCAGCAGCAGAUGAUAAUAACAGUUCCAGGCAAAAUAGAAAUGUUACUAACAUUAAAGGUAGUGCUUCUCUUCAGCAAUGGUCUAAUUCUUUAACAAACCUAAUUAGCACACCAUAUGAAGGUGGAGGAACUUCAGACCCCCCUCCGCCUUUACCGCCGAAUGUUCAUCGCAUGCCUGGCUUCUUUCAACCGCUUCCACGCAUAUCAUAUGAAACUACUAUUGAAAUACUAAUUGUUAAAACUCGGCCACCAUCGCCUCCUCCUUUACCGCAAUCCAUAAAAAAGCUAAUACUUCAUAAUGAAAGCUUAGAGCAGAAAUCUGAAAACUUUCUUAAAGGCAUUUAUGAUUCGCAAUGCUUUGAUACCUCUAUUCAUACCGCUAAACAAAAGUUACGAUACAUUAAAAGUGCAGUAAUAAAAUCCAGUGAUUCUACUAAAUAUGCUGAAGAUACAGUUAAAAAAGCUAAAGCCCGUGAUUUUUUACACAUAUUUACUCCCCCACUAAAAAAUAAAAGACCCAUCUACGAGAUCGUGGAAGUUCCAUUACCUGAAAACCAAUCCCAAGACCAAAUUGAAGAUAUCAAUCAGGAAACCAAGGAAUUAGGCGCAGAGCUUGAAGUAACAGACCAAAACAUUAACAAAAUGGAAGACUAUUUAUCUGGAUACUCCUCCAAAUAUUCAAGGAAGCGAGCUGAAUUGAGUACGACGACACGCGAUUACGAUAGAGGAUCUUAUGACAACUACAGCGAAAAUUUAGGAAGCACUGCGAGCUCAAGAUUAGAAAGGAGGAAACAAGACGAACACAGAUCUAUAUUCUCCUCAAGCCGGGCUGAAAGCAGAACAGAAGAUCAUUAUGGAUCUAGAAUCGGUACUCGGUCAUCUUCACGAGUGAUGGAAGAAAAAAAUCUCAAAUCUGUAGGGAAGCCCGUUAUUACUAGAGCAUGCAAAAGCGUUCAAGUUCAACCUGGGGAAAGUGCACAUUUCGAAGUACAAUUUGCGGAAAAGCCAGGGUUGGUGGUUUGGCUAAAAGAUAAUAAACCGUUGGUGGAUAAGCUUGCAGACCGUGUAAUCCAAACUGAGGCGGCAAUGAAUUCAUACCGAUUAGAUAUCAAAAACUGCAGAGAAUCUGACGCUGGAACGUACACUGUGAAAGCAGCAGCUGGCGUUGAGAGUACAACAUGCUCGGCACAAUUGGCAGUGGGCCAAGUUUCAGGACAUGACGAAACAGAAACAAAUGUUGCGCCGGUUUUCCUUGUGCAGUUGAAAGAUGCUGAAAUGUUGGAAAAUACACAUUUCCGGUUUAUGAUCAAGGUGAUGGGCGAUCCAAAGCCACGAGUGAAAUUUUUUAAAGACGAAAAGGAAAUAUUGGAAGAUGACAAUCGAAUUCAAAUAAUUCGGGAAAAGGAUUACUUGGGUUACUACGAACUCGUUUUAAAUGAAGUUCAAAAAAUUGAUGCAGGGAUUUAUACUUGCAAAGCUACAAAUAAAUAUGGAGAAGCUCAAUGUGAAGCAAGAGCAUCCACAGUGGGUAAGAAAACU